AUGGCAGUCACCGGUAUUUUCUGGAGAAUCGGUGGUCUUGCUAUAUUGUUCCUAUUUUUCCACGUCUCAAAUGGAGAUGUAAGCUAUUCUUUUCCGGAGGAGUUGAAGCGCGGAUCCGUGAUCGGAAACAUUGCAAAAGAUUUGGGUCUUGAAGCCAAUAGACUAUCAACCCGGAAGGCUCGCAUUGAUACCGAUGGAGGUGACAAACAUUAUUGUGACAUAAACCUACGAACCGGGGAUCUGACUGUUGCCGAGAGGAUUGACAGAGAGGGCCUCUGCGGAGACAAAGCGUCCUGCGUGCUGAAACAAGAGCUCAUGUUAGAGAACCCGUUAGAACUGCAUCGAAUUAGUCUGCAUGUCCAGGAUAUAAACGAUAAUUCUCCUCAGUUUAACAAAGAAUUAAUCCAUAUAGAUAUUCGGGAAUCUGCGGUUAAAGGUGCGCGUUUUCCUAUAGAAGAAGCACAUGAUGCUGACAUAGGCAAAUAUUCAAUUCAAACGUACAAAUUACAAAACAAUGACAAUUUUAUUUUAGGCGUUGGAACCAACUCCGUGGAGCUUGUGCUGAACAAAGAGCUGGACCGGGAGGUUUUAACAGAAUUAGAUUUGAUUCUCACGGCGCUUGACGGAGGUUCUCCACCGAGGUCAGGCACCGCUUUAAUUCGCGUCUCUGUGCUAGAUGCUAAUGAUAACGUCCCAGUGUUUAGCCAGGCAAUUUACAAAGCCAGCGUACCCGAAAACUCUCCUCAAGGAACUGUUGUAGCAACAGUAACUGCUACCGAUGCAGACGCGGGGGUCAAUGGAGAUGUCACAUAUGAAUUUGGACACAUGUCAGAGGAAGUGAAAUCCAUGUUUACUAUUGAUCAUAAGACAGGCGAAAUAAAUUUAAAGAGUACAGUUGAUUUUGAAACAGCGUCAUCAUUUGAACUGCGUGUUACAGCAAAAGAUGGUUUGGGCUUAACCUCAUAUGCAAAAGUCAUAAUAGAUGUUACUGAUGUAAAUGACAACCCACCUAUUAUUUAUCUAAAAUCACUGAGUAACCCCAUACCUGAAGAUGUGUCACCUGGUACAGAGGUGGGCAUCAUUAACGUACAGGACAGAGACUCUGAGAACAACAGACAGGUUCGCUGCUCCAUCCAGCAAAAUGUCCCAUUCAAGUUAGUUCCUUCCAUUAAAAACUAUUAUUCUCUGGUGACCACAGGACAACUGGACCGUGAACUAGUGUCUGAUUACAACAUUACCAUCAGUGCCACUGACGAGGGUUCUCCUCCUCUGUCCUCCUCUAAAACCGUUCACUUAUCUGUAGCUGACGUCAACGACAACCCACCUGCGUUUGAGGAACAGUCCUACAGCGCAUAUGUGAGUGAAAACAACAAACCUGGCUCCACCUUAUGUUCCGUUGCUGCUCGAGACCCGGACUGGAGACAGAACGGUACCGUGAUCUACUCUCUGUUACCUGCUGAGGUGAACGGUGCCCCGGUGUCGUCCUAUGUGUCAGUGAACGGAGACACGGGGGUGAUCCACGCUGUGAGGUCGUUUGAUUACGAACAGUUCAGGAGUUUUAAAGUGCACGUGAUGGCCAGAGACAACGGUUCUCCUCCUCUCAGCAGCAACGUGACCGUCAGUGUGUUCGUGUCGGAUGUGAACGACAACUCUCCUCAGAUACUGUACCCCGCCCCGGAGGGCAACUCGUUCAUGACCGAGCUGGUCCCCAAAGCUGCACACGGAGGCUCUCUGGUGUCCAAAGUCAUAGCGGUGGACGCGGACUCCGGACAGAACGCCUGGCUGUCCUAUCACAUAGUCAAAUCCACUGAUCCGGGACUUUUCACCAUCGGUGUCCACAGCGGAGAGAUCAGGACGCAGAGGGACGUUUUAGAGUCUGACAGCAUGAAGCAGAACCUCAUUGUGUCGGUGAAAGAUAACGGACAGCCCUCUCUGUCUGCCACCUGUUCCAUGUAUUUACUGAUCUCUGAUAACUUGGCUGAGGUGCCAGAACUGAAGGACAUUUCUUACGAUGAGAAGAAUUCCAAGCUGACGUCGUAUCUGAUCAUUGCUCUGGUGUCCGUGUCCACGUUUUUCCUGACCUUCAUCAUCAUCAUCCUGGGUGUGAGGUUCUGUCGUAGGAGGAAGCCCAGACUGUUGUUUGACGGAGCAGUAGCCAUCCCCAGCGCUUAUCUCCCUCCUAAUUACGCAGAUGUUGACGGCACAGGAACUUUACGCAGCACUUACAACUAUGACGCCUACCUGACAACAGGCUCUAGAACCAGUGACUUUAAGUUCGUGUCAUCCUAUAAUGACAACACGCUGCCUGCUGACCAGACUCUGAGGAAGAGUCCUUCAGACUUUGCUGAUGCUUUUGGAGAUUCGGAUGGUUCUCCUGAGGUAGGCACUUGUCAUGUCACCACUGUAAGAUCUGUCGAACCAGUGAUUUACAGCCUUUCGUGUCGUUCUUCUUUUUAUUAAUUUCGUACAUCGCUUAGUACGCCUUAAAAACAAGCAGCGCAGUUAACGUUAACUACUAGGCUUGUUCACUUCUGUGUGAAUUGGCAAUGUCAGCAAUUGUACACAGGCUGACGGCUGGUUACUUGUAACACUUUUCUAAUUUCAGUGUCUGCGUUUGUUGUGGGCUGUCGUUUUGUAGACGCUCAAUUUGACGUCACGGUUUUCUGUCGCUCUCCUUACAGUUGUUGGUCUUGCAUUUAGUUGAUCUUCUUUGACUUGGACAGUAUAUUUACAGCAUUGCUACAGCUGUUUUAUGUCUUAUUUAAUUUAUUCUCCCUUACUAUGUUAAUGAGAUUUUAUUGACUUCAUUAUAGUGGUUUGCCAUAAAAAUAUGCCUGCACGUGAUAUUAACUUUGCAGACAAACUUACUAACUAUAGACUUUGUUGCCCAUUUUAGUCAUUAAUAUUUUAGUUAUAUGUGCUAAAGCUAGCAAAUUUUAUUUCUGCACUUUUUUCAGUUUCAUUGAAGGUCCCAAUGUGGUUUUCUGUGGAGGGACUUGCGUCCAGCUACAAUCGUUGUCUCUGUCCUUGGUGCUGAAUUUUCUUUGACGAUCUUUUUUAUUUUAGUGUGACUUUUCUGUGUUAUGCUGUUGCCUUUCAUUGAUAAAUGCUGUCGUAUCAAACUGAUUAUGUUCGUUGCUUACAUCUUGCUGUGAUGCUGUAGCAUUAGUUUACUCCAUUGACUCAGAAGUGUUAAGUUUAUUGUGAAUAUCAUGUUGUAUGUCGAUAUUUAGUGUUCAAGUAAGAUAAGCAAACCCAAGCCUCAUCAAUCAUUUUGUUUUAAUGGUUAUGUGUUACUAGGUUUGUCCUGUUUUUUUUAAAUGUCGACAUUUUAAAUAUCCUUGCAGGUUCACUUUUUAAGGUUUAACAUUUUAUCUGACCACGACCAUUUCUAAAUAAUUGUGAAUGCAAGAUUGUUAAAUUUUAUUUUGACUGGACAAUGUGUCGUCCAUUAAAACUAAAGUGCAAACAUAGUAAUCCCGAUGCUCUUGCAGACUUGAACAAAAGUAUUGCCUUAUUAUUAUAAGAAAGUUUUGCGUUUGAUGUAACUUUUCGAAUUAAAUAGGCGUUUCUCCUGCACCUUCAUAGCAGCUGUUGAUUACUGUUAUCUGUUUAAGGUUUGCCAUAAAGGAGAAUUACUUUUCAGCGUAAUACAUCACCUCAAUUCAAUUCAAUUCAAUUCAAUUUUAUUUAUAUAGCGCCAAAUCACAACAAAGUUAUUUCAAGGCACUUUACAAAGUAAGGUUUAAAACCUCACACAACUAAACCCAACAAAUCCCACAUACAGCAAGCAUUUAAUUUGACAGCAACAGUGGAGAGGAAAAACUCCCUCUCUAACGAGGAAGAAACCUCCAGCAGAACCAGACUGGAUGUGGGCGGCCAUCUGCCUCGACCGGUUGGGGUGAGAGGAUAGAGAGAUAGAAAAGCACAGCAACAGCAACAAGCAACAACAAGCAACAACAGAGCACAGGCAGGAUGGUAGGACCAGGGACUGGAUGCAGGCAGGAUGGUUGGAUCCGCAGCUGCCCAUCACAGACACCAAACUUUGAGUCCAAUGAUACCUGUGGGUGAGG